GUAGUGGCCCGUCGAUAGUGACAGAGAGGAACCCGAAGAUAAAUAACCUAAUCCGCAUAAGAUCGACAAACACUCAGACCUGUCUCCGAACGUACAACUUUUCCGCAGGGCUGCGUGAACAUUUUAAAGAAAGAAGUGCCGAAGAUGUCGAUAAUGGAAGGGACUUUGUGGAAAUGGACAAACUACCUUAGUGGUUGGCAGCCCAGAUGGUUUGUGCUGGAAGUUGGAGUGUUGGCAUAUUACAAAUCUCAGGAAGAGGUUGGACUUGGAAGUAGGGGAUCAGUGAAAAUGGCCUGUUGUGAAAUUUCAGUACAUCCUACAGAUGCCGUUAGGAUUGACCUGAAGGUACCUCCAGACCAGUACAUUUACCUUAGGGCUGCCACACCAGCUGAACGACAACAGUGGUUAGUUGCACUGGGAACAGCUAAAGCAUGCUUGACAACAAUGAAACAUAACGGCCACUCAGAAGUGCCUGGAGAAUCUAUGAGCCAGUUGAAAGAGAAGAUGCAGGAGCUGGACAUGUAUCGAAGUUUAUUACUGCAACAAAUCGGUACCAUUAAGAUGCUCUGCAGUAAUAAAGAGGACAACCAGGAAUUUGGAGAAGCUGCAACCAUGCUAUCAGCAACUUGUGAUGAAUUUCUCAAAAAUAUUUGUGAAUGUAUGGAUUUAGCAGAAAGUAAUUUUGGGAGCUCCUCAUCUUCGCCAUCUUCACCGUCAACUUCCAUGAAUAAGACUUUGACAUCAGCAAAGCACAGUGCUUUUCAAAAACAGUUACUCCAUGAUGGUCGUAGGUCUUCAUCCCCUCCACCAUCGCCAACCCCAAGUAUUGCCAGCUCAUUAAGUUCUACUUAUAAUGGACCACCAAGCGUCACAACCGUAAGUGACCAAUCAGUUCACAGCGAUAGGAUGACGUCAUCUGCUACCAAGCAGCUCAUGACCCAGACUCCUAACCAAGUCGUAGGGAACCGUUCUUCAACAAAUUCCUCUGAGCAUAAUGAUCGGAGGCACGUUCAAGCCAGCGGAGUGUCGGCCAACCCUAACCUCAAUCACAAGGCGAAGUACAUAGAAUUGUCUCGAAAUUCCCUCGAUUCACAGUCGUCGACUUCAAAUUCAGAGGAAGUUAAGGAGGAACCCUUAACAUUCUUCUCUGCAGCGCAAUUUAGGUUUGAAAACAUUCAGUUAGGACCAGACAAUGGUAUCCCUACAAAACUAUUUCUUUCAUCCUGUUCGUGUAUCCUACCGUUUCUAGAUGUUCUUGGAUCGACUGCAUUUGCUCCUGUUAAACUGGAUAUCAGCGGGAAUAUAAAAAAACUCGAAGCGAAACACGACACGGAUCCGAAAGCGUUUGUUACGCUGCAAAAUAUCGUUUACCAAGAACUUAAAAGCAACACUUGUACUGUGAAAAACUCAGCGACGGACGCUCUGCUUUGGUUGAAAAGAGCUUUAGAAUUUAUGCAAGUGUUUCUCGCUGAAGUUGUCCGAGGAGAAAAAGAUCUUGCUGUAGCGGCAGGCACGGCUUACGGCAAGACACUCAGGAGAUAUCAUGGCUGGGUCGUCAGAGGGGUUUUUGCAUUGGCAGUAAAAGCAGUGCCAUACAGAUCGGAUUUUCUUACAGCUCUCGCGACCACUGAAAAGGGCAAGGCCACUCACAAGGAUGUCAUACGGGACAUGAGGAUGUGCGUCGAGGGACUGGGUCGAUUUACGAACAUUAUAAACCAGUUAUACCGGAAGCACAAACUCGAUUCGGAGGAGACUGUGUGACUUCGUCACGCUUUAUUUCGGCGGAAUCUUUCGUGACACUGUCACGCGUUUUUCUGCCCAGCCCACGCACACAUUCAAAGCUUUCUUGCUUGGUGUUGUGUGGUUAAACACAUAGCGUAGUUCAAAAUUUAUUUUAAUUCAAAAUUAUUAUUAACUAAUUAAAAUUAAUAUUUAAGGACGACAGUCAGUAAAUAUCGAAUUAACUCUAGAUCUUGUUGCUAAAAGAAUGCGUUGGGUAGUGUUCACCGCACUUGCGUUCAACGUUCUACCGCUGUGGACUGAGUUCGAUUUCUAAAGGUGGUGGGAAAUGUGUGUUGAGUUCAUUGUUGGUUUUCCCUGUUGCUCUGAGGAGUUUUGUUUGGAAACUGUGGUUUUCUUCCUUCUUAAACCCUAACACUUCUAAAUCCGGUUCGACGUUGAAUCGGUACCAGGCUUCCCCCAAUACUCCCCAUGUUGUUAUUAUUCCUCGCGAAGUCUUCGAGCUCAGCGGAAGUUUCCAUCAGCCCUUUCACUCGCAAGAUUUCAUUAGAAAUUCUUCUUAUUGUCUGCAACACAAUUCUUAUGAUGUAAGUUUAGAGAUUUCGGUAUUGGGUCAACUAAUGAUCCACAAAUAGAUAUGUUUCUUCUCACUUGCCUGCUAGACGUUAGGUGGAAGUUGUGAGGAGAAAUUCUCUCUUAGUCACUUAUGGGAGUUUAGUGGUUAAGAUAGUAGAAUUAACAAUUCUCACGUGUUUUUUGUGUAGAGCAUUUGACUGCAAAAUAUAAUCUUUUUUCUUCAUUCGUGAAAAAAUUUAACAGGCAGGAAUAACUAUUCAAAAUCUCUUCGUUAUUCUCGCUUUUAUUGGCUGUCGGUCGUAAUAUAUUGAAAGAAAUCAAGAGGUAUCUAAAUGGGAUAAUAUAUCUUAUUAACCAAGCGCGAGGGCCGUUCUG